AGCUGUCAAAGCAAAGGGCAAGCAAAAUAUCAAAAAAUCAUCGUCAUCGUCGUCGCGCUUUGUUGCGGUAAAAAGCAAGUUCCUACCGGGGUUUUGUUUCGGCACUUGGGCGUUCGUAACUGGGUGGAAAUCGCUACUCCACUGCGAUUUGUUUUCGAGUGAUUAGGUGGGGACCGGUUUGCAUUUGCACACAGCAUGGCGGUAAAGGCCAUUAACGACGAGGGACACUUCCAGGCCGAACUGUCGGCCGCUGGUGGUAAGCUUGUGGUGGUCGAUUUCACAGCGACCUGGUGCGGUCCGUGCCGCAAUAUUGCCCCGCUGUUUGAGCAGCUGCCGGGCAAGUACCCGAAAGCCGUGUUCCUUAAGGUGGACGUAGACAAAUGUGCCGAUACGGCGGCGACCCAGGGUGUAUCCGCGAUGCCAACUUUCAUCUUCUACCGUGCCAGGACCAAAAUUGACCGACUACAGGGAGCAGAUAUCAAUGGGCUAGAGGCAAAGAUACAGAAACAUUAUGCGGCCAGUGCAGAUGAAUCCGGAGAGGACUAUGGUCAGGGAAUGCUUGACCUAAACACCUUCAUCCAGAAGAACCAGUGCGAGUGCUUAAACGAAGCGGACGACCAUCCGUGGACGAAUGCGCUGACCGCGACCGGUGGCCACCUAGCGUCCGACUGUGACGAGCAGCUCAUCGUAUCGAUUACCUUCAACCAGGUGGUGAAACUGCACUCGCUGAAAAUUAAAGCACCACCGACGCACGGCCCGAAGAACAUUAAGCUGUUCAUUAACCAACCCCGUACGCUCGACUUCGAUAUGGCCGACUCGUACGUUUCGGUGCAGGAUCUGGAGGUCGAUCCGAAGGAUCUGGAAACGGGCAACCCGAUCAAGCUGCGGUUUGUCAAGUUCCAGAACGUGCAGAACAUUCAGCUGUUCGUGAAGGAUAAUCAGUCCGGUGGCGAGACGACAAUCAUUGACCAUCUGGCCUUCAUCGGGCAGCCGAUAGCGACGACGAAGAUGGACGAUUUUCAGCGUGUGGCCGGCAAGAAGGGUGAAAGUCACUGAGCAAAGGAGCAAACCGCGGAGUGAGUGUGAUCGGUUUCGGUGAUCCGCGACAAAUCCUGCCCGACAAGUACACGAGUGUUAUGAUGGUAUCGAUCGUCGGCAUGCAAAGACGCCGGACCCUGUUUUGCGAUUCUUUUUCUCAUUAAUCGGAAGUAUGAUUUAAUAAAAAAAAAGCUAAUAACUAACAA